UAUUGAUGUUUCUUUCAUAUUCUUGACCAGCUUCGACAUUUUUUGCACAGUAAAUACAAAUCCAAGAGAUCUCACUCACAAGCCGACUCCUAUGAUUUUCACAACGUUGUUCACAACGAUCGACGAAGGGAUAAAUGAAUGUUAGGGGGCACUUGUUUCUUGCAACGCUAGCUCAUCUUUGAUGAAAACGUGGAAUAUGUAGAAAAUAGUGACGAUUUACCGCUGCACGAGUGGUACUCGAAGUGAUAACUGUCGUGGUUCAAUUAUAACGAUAUGCAAUCCGUUCUGUACGUUUGCAGAUUGUAUACCAGAAAUAGAAUAAAUUUAUGGGUACCUACCUGCAUUCCGGACCCAGUUUACGUAUCUCGGAUCCUUGGUAUUCGGGAAGCAGAAUAGCGUUAUGCCCUCUUUAUCUCGGGUCGAUGUGCAGUUUUUAUAAAAACACACAUCGCUGGUGAGGGUCGUCAUGACGUUUUCACUUUCUCACUCGUGGAUUUUUUGUUCGGUCUAUUUUGCACUGGACAAGCACAGGCUCCGCGAUAUCAAUGAAGGACUGAACAGUAGCUAAUUCGUUACAAUUAAAUAGACGUAAGUCACAAACAAAAUUGAAUUCUCACCGUGGUGAGGACGGAUGUACGUACUACACACAUCAAUAACGGGGAAUCAAGAUUUGCAGUAAAUAUGCAUAAAUUUAAAAAUGGCGCAGUGUAAUGUCCAGCGUAGCAUAUGAAAAAACUGCGACAUAAAUUUUUGAAAAGCUAUAUUGAAUAUGUGAAUUCUUCAUCCCUUCUUUCCAAAUGAGAAAGAUGAGGUCGCGAUUCCGUAAAGCAGGAACGCGGUAAAGCUCGCGCAUGCACAGAAUUGAAAUCGGCCGUGAUUGGCGCUGCAUAGUGGUAGCAUAGAUAUAUUGUGGUAGCACUACGCUGAUCGGAUCACGCCGCCGACGCAAUGCAUCAAACAACCAAUUUCAUCAGUUUUUCAAACACGAUCGUCAUGGCCGAUAACGAAACAAACAGAGACGAGUCGCCACGCCGUUCUUAUGCGGAGGCGGCGGGCGGGGUGGCGGCCCCCCCCGGCCCGUCACGGGAGCCGGCACGGCAAAACGAGGAUGUAAUGCGGGAGUUAGUCGCGCUGAGGGCUGCGGUGGCCCAGCUGCAACGGCAGCAGCAGCCGCAGCCGCCGCAGCCGCCCCGCCCGCCGCGAACGCAGCCCCGGCGGAGGAGGCGACCCAGGCGGCCCAGGCGGCGGAGGCGGCCCAGCCGGCGCAGCUGCAGGCAGCGGACCCCGGCGAGCCGGUGCGGCCGCGGAAGAACCGUCGAAACCGCCGCCGCCGGGGGGAAAUCGGGCACCCGCCAUCUACCACUAUUACUACCGUUAGUAAUAUUGGUAGAUGGCGGGCCGGCGACGCCGCCCCCUAUUAAUAAAUAA